AUGAAGAGCCCUUGCUUCCCUCCUGCGAUAAAGCAGAGGAGUGCGUGUAGCUCUCACCAACUCAAGAUACCUGCGCAAGAUCUGAACAAUUCAGAAGCAUUCUCAGAUGAAAACGAUGGCUUGACGCCUGAUGAUCUCAGAAUCGCUUUUAGUGAUUUGAAUGUUGAAGAUUUUCAUGGCACAGCAUCAGAACAGCAUGAAGAUGACACGAAUCACUUCAAUGAUCAUAUGGAGAGGAUUCUCCGGCCGGAUACUAAUCUAAAGAAGGGCUUGAGCAAAGCCACAACGUUUCCAUGCUCUGGGAAAACGUUCAUGUCUCUUGCAGAGGAGGGAGCAGUGCUUUCUACCGUGCCAUUCCCCAGUCAAAGUUCUCUGGAGCCUGCAAGCCCUGUGCUUGGACGGUCCACUUCCUUGCCCGUAAGCUUUCCUCUUUGACCAGGAAUUUCAUCUAUUUGCUUCUUUCUGAAUUAUCUCUGAAGUUGUCAUGAAUAGACAUAGCCGCACCAUGUAACGAAAUAGAUGUGAAUGAAGGUGAGUAGGCACCCAAUUACUGGUUAACGUGUUUGACUUUAUGGGUGCCGAAAAUUCUGUAUUAGCUUAUGAUUUGGCCCAUGUUAGACGUACCAUGAAAUAUCUGAUUAAUUGGUGCCAGCAUUGGGUUUUCACUCCAGAUUCUCAUAGUUAGAUUCCUGAUCAACGUGUUUGACUUUAUGGGUGCCAAAAAUUCUGUAUUAGCAUAUGAUUUGGCCAUGUUUGACUUACCAUGGAAUAUCUGAUUAAUUGGUGCCAGCAUUGGGUUUUCACUCCACAUUCUCAUAGUUUCUUCCCCCAACCAGCAGGCCACUCCCAGGCUCGUGUCUGCCAUGAAAGGGGGCCGCGAGAAGGAGGGCGCCCCGCCGAGAGCAAGGAUGCAGGUGAAGUGGGCCGAGGACGUCUACGACCCGCCCACCACCUCCAUGCCCCACACCCUGAGGAACCACCCCCAGCAGCGCUACAAGCCCAAGAAGAAGGACCACCAUAAGCACAAGCACAAGAAGAAGCCCUCUCGCAGCAGCACCACCCGUGACAAGCAGCCACACCCUGCAAACCUCCCCGAAAGGUUCUCUCUCUCUCUCUCUCUCUCUUUAUCUCUCUACACAUACAGCAAUCAGUUCUUUAGACGGGCCAUCUUAAUCUAUCCUAUCUAACUUUAAUGAAUUAAAUUUAUGAUAAAUUUAUCUCAUUUUUUGGGGUUAGCCAAAGAAAUUAAUCACAUAAGUUUCAACCUCUAAUUUUAAUCAAUAAAUUAGUAUGGUAUAGUAUUUUCCCAUAUCAUUGGAAUAUUCUGACAAACAUAUCGUGCCUCUCUCUCUCUCUCUAUAUAUAUAUAUAACCAAGUGAUAUCCUGGGUAUUCUUCCCGCAGGAGUAAAGUGCAGGAGAGUAGCAGCGGUGGCUCCUCAGUUGCUGGCAUCUUGGACUACGUGGGUAGCGGCCAAGAAGCCAAGUGCGGGAGCAGCCUGCUGGCGGGGCCGCUGGCGAAGCUGCAGUUUUCAGUGGCGGAGGCCACCUGA